AUGUCUGAAAAACUGCCCUACAAAGUCGCUGACAUCAGCCUGGCCGCCUGGGGUCGCAAGGUUCUGGACCUGGCAGAAAAUGAGAUGCCGGGCCUGAUGCGCAUGCGGGAGAUGUAUUCAGCCUCCAAGCCACUGAAGGGUGCCCGCAUAGCAGGCUGCCUGCACAUGACUGUGGAGACUGCUGUCCUCAUUGAGACCCUUGUUGCCCUCGGUGCUGAGGUGCGAUGGUCCAGCUGCAACAUCUUUUCCACCCAGGACCAUGCAGCAGCUGCCAUUGCCAAGGCUGGUAUUCCAGUAUUCGCAUGGAAGGGUGAAACGGAUGAGGAGUAUCUGUGGUGCAUUGAGCAGACUCUGUACUUCAAGGAUGGGCCCCUCAACAUGAUUCUGGACGACGGUGGUGACCUCACUAAUCUCAUUCACACCAAGUACCCACAGCUUCUGUCAGGCAUCCGAGGCAUCUCUGAGGAGACCACAACUGGGGUCCACAACUUAUACAAAAUGAUGGCCAAUGGGAUCCUGAAGGUGCCUGCCAUCAAUGUCAAUGACUCUGUCACCAAGAGUAAGUUUGACAACCUCUAUGGCUGCCGGGAGUCCCUCAUUGAUGGUAUCAAACGGGCCACAGACGUGAUGAUUGCUGGCAAAGUGGCAGUUGUAGCAGGCUAUGGUGACGUGGGCAAGGGCUGUGCCCAGGCCCUGAGGGGUUUUGGAGCUCGAGUCAUCAUUACUGAGAUCGACCCCAUCAACGCACUGCAGGCUGCCAUGGAGGGCUAUGAGGUCACCACGAUGGAUGAGGCCUGUCAGGAGGGCAAUAUCUUUGUCACCACCACAGGCUGUAUUGACAUCAUCCUUGGCCGGCACUUUGAGCAAAUGAAGGAUGAUGCUGUCGUGUGUAACAUUGGACAUUUUGAUGUGGAGAUUGAUGUCAAGUGGCUCAAUGAGAAUGCUGUGGAGAAGGUGAACAUCAAGCCCCAGGUGGACCGCUACCGGCUGAAGAAUGGGCGCCAUGUCAUCCUGCUAGCCGAGGGCCGGCUGGUCAACCUUGGUUGUGCCAUGGGCCACCCCAGCUUUGUGAUGAGCAACUCCUUCACCAACCAGGUGCUGGCACAGAUUGAGCUAUGGACCCACCCAGACAAGUACCCUGUUGGAGUUCACUUCCUGCCCAAGAAGCUGGACGAGGCAGUGGCUGAAGCCCACCUGGGCAAGUUGAACGUGAAGCUGACAAAGCUGACUGAGAAGCAGUCCAAGUACCUGGGCAUGCCUCGUGAGGGCCCAUUCAAGCCUGAUCACUACCGCUACUGAGAGUCAUGCCUGCCCUCACCUUUCAGCUGCUGUCCUUACCCAGGCCUCACUUCCCAAGAGCAAAUGGCACCAACUUUGUGAUUGAUUGGUUUGUCAGUGUCACCCAUCAACUCCCUGGGGCUGGUCACUCAGUCUUUGGCCUCUGCUGUGUCCCUCAUACUGUUUCAAGUGUGGCAGAGGAAUUCAGAAGCCCCUCAUCAAGCUGUGGUCGUGGAGGUACAAGACAUCCACAAGUACUGUGAGCUUAGGGGUGUUGGAACUUCUCAGUCAGUUAGACCUUCCUUAGGUUGGGAGUUGGUAGUGGUGGCCACAAAGUCCAGGUGCAUUACCACUAGGCCUUGACUAUAGCUGCAGACUUAGGCCUGUGAGCUUGGUUUACAAAUUCACUGGUUCCUCAGCCCAUAUCAGAAGAGAAGGAGCUUUAUUGAAGGGCAAGGAGGAAUUGUUGGAGUUUGAAUGUUCCUCAGAGCCUGGCUUAGUGGCAGACCUUCUCUUAAGACUCAGAAUAAUAGGUUGGUACUUUUGGUCCCUAUUUUACAGGGGUUAGAGUAGACUGUUAAAGGAUAGCCAAGAAAGGAUAAGAAAGGGACAGCCAGAGUCUGAGAAGGGCCCGAAAAACAGAAAAGUGGACAUAGAUCUGCCACCACUUUGUAACAUGAUGGUUCCUAUCACAACUUUGGGUCAAAAGAGAUUAAUUUGGUUUAUAAUGUUAAUAUAAUGUUUAUAAUGUUGAAAAGAAGCAAGAAGGUGGGUAAAUAAAAAUUUUGGUGCCUAAAAGAA